GUUGUAUGUAGGCAUGGAGAGGAGCAAAGCGACUCGUCUGCUCCCGUUUCUAAUGUGAUGACAGCUGAAUGUACCGACACACAGCCGGGACCACCGUGUCACUUUCCCGUGUCAAUAUGACUGCUUGACAUUUACGCCGAAAGAAAGUAUUUUUCUCCGGGAAUAAUGACUCCAGAGUUGCGGGGAGUGUAGCCGCUGAAAGUUGAGUCGAGGGGAAAAGCAGCUCCGCCACCAUAUCAGCAGGCUGGAGAAGUUGGAUAUCUUGUCUGACUGGACAUUUACCACAUUUUCCACAGGACGAUAAGACACUUUAAAGGUUAUGAGUAAUGGAAGCAGGGUCGGUGGUGCGUGCCGUCUUUGAGUUCCUUCCCAGCGUCUCCGAGGAGCUGCCACUCUUCCCCGGUGAUGUCAUCGAGGUGCUCAGUGUCGUGGAUGAGUUCUGGUUGCUUGGUAACAAAGAUGGCGUCACAGGUCAGUUUCCCACCACCUUUGUGGAAGAGAUCACAAUCCCCAGCAGCAAGCCUGGAGACAGACUUUACGUUUGCAUCAAUGAUUUCAACUCCGCAGAGCAGGGGAACCUGUCCCUGAUUAGAGGUGAUGUGGUAGUUGGAGAGGCAGGAGGGUCCAUAAACCUCGAUGAGACCUGGCAGCGGGGUUGUAAUGCCUUGGGCGUCCGCGGUCUCUUCCCCACAUCAUGUGUGAAGGAGCUGGCCCUCUCAGGUCGCUCCAGGCAGCUGUCUGAACGCUCCGCUCAGGCCCAGGCGUCAGAGCUCCCCCCGUACGCCCUAGGCCAGGCUCGGGCCCUCAUGAGCCUCCAUGCGCAGCUCAACGAGGAGCUGGACUUCCGCGAGGGCGACCUGAUCAUCAUCACCGGCCUGCCAGAGCCGGGCUGGUUCCAGGGGGAGCUGAAUGGCCACAGGGGCAUCUUCCCAGAGGGGUUUGUGGAGCUCCAGGGAUCCAUCCGAUCUCCUCAGGAGCCCGAGGACUGCCAGUAUUUGAACAAUGAUUCUGAACAAUAUAGCUACGACGAUCAAUAUGAUGCAGAAGAUGGGGCAGAAGUUGUAGAAGGAGUGGUGUUUAUGAGAGAGGAGGAGGAGGAGGAGGAGCAGAAAGAGGAUUUAGUAGAAGAAGAAGAAGAAGAAGAGGAGGAGGAGGAGGAGGAGGAGGAGGGAGGUGUUUAUGUUGUGGCACUGUAUGACUUUCGGGCCCUAGACCAAGGCGAGUUGAACUUUGAUAUGGGGGAUCGCAUACAUCUUUUAGGCACUUUGGAAGACGGUUGGCUGGAGGGGGAGCUGCGAGGGCGACACGGUAUCUUUCCUCACCGUUUUGUCAAAAUAGAGGGCGACGGGGAGAAACCGCCAGAGGAAACAAAUGUUGUUGAAGCCUCUGAGUCAGAAAAUGAUCCUGAAUGGACGACUUAUGAGGAUCAUACAGUGUGGGACCUGGACUACUUUGAGAGGAAGGAGGAGCAGAGGAGGCAAAAUGAAAACAGGAGCACUGGGGCUCAGACAAACAACAGAGGACAGAGAGACGGGGGCAGCAGACCUGAAUCUCAGCCACGUAGACCUGUGGCCCCAGCACAGAGGGGACCCGAGAGACCCAAAUCCAUUCCUCCAGCAAGACCCAGACUCCCGUCUCGGCCUAGCCUGCCCGCACGUAGCCACAGACAAAGCGGUCCAUCUUCUGGCCCUAAUCGAUCUAGCUAUCCUAACGGUAACUCUAGAUCCUUACAGCCCAAACUAACACAUAGCCUUACCCUCCCUAGCACUCAUACUGGUUGGUCUAAAAACAACAGAUACUCCCAGAGGCCACCAAAGGACGCUUCCCCCACCAGUAAGAAAAGUGGUAGUCUCGGCCAGGCCUUAUUAACCCUGGCUGAGAACCACCGGCAGAAGAAGCUAACCCGCCACGCUAGCGUCACUGAUGCUGAUAUGAUGAUGGGCAGCGCUGAGGAAAGGCAACGCUCCCGGCAGCGUGGCUCCAAUGGUGUCAUGCCAACAUCCUUGACUUUAGACGCCCUGGUAACCUCAGCUGGGGACCUGGAGGCUAAGCUAACCCAGCAGCUCUUUGAAUUUGAGAAAAGCUUGACCUACAGCGAUAGUAACGUUAGCUCUAGUGCUCCUAAUCACACGUCCUCUGCAGGCGACCUUAGCCCGCAAUCUAUGUCACGCCACUUCUCUAUCAUGGACUUCAGCGAUGAGAGCGAUAUCAUGCGAGGCACCUCACAUUCGCCUGUUUCCCACCUAUUGCAGUCGAUCUCUGCUUCCUCCUCCCUAGAGAGACGCAGGACCCUUCGCCCCCCACCUCCUCGUCCUAAAGUCCUUCGCCCACCACCUCCACCUGGGUACAAGCCAGCCCGCCCUGCUCCGCGUGCCCCUCCUCGUUUCCCGAGACAAAACACCACUCCUCCAAAUAUCUUCUACUCCCCUGAUGAAUCCGCUAUGAACCUCCUGGACGAAGUCGCAGGAAGGCAGCCUGAGUUCGGUGACCUCGCAGCCGCCCAGGAAGAAGAGAUCCAGUGCCAGCUAGAAGCGGAGAAGGAGCUGGAGAGAGAGAUGGAGUUGGAGAGUCAGAGGCAGAGGGAAGAGGAGGAGAGGUACCAGCUGCUGCUCCGGCUGCAGGAGGUGGAGCACGACAUGGAGGCAUAUGCACACACGGCAGAAGAACUCAGGACAAUGCUGGAGGAGGAGGAGGAUGAGACGGCCCGCAUGCAAGCCAUGGAGAAUCUGGAGUUCUGCAACUACACCCUGGAGACUCUGGCCCUGGAGCAGCAGCAGCUACAAGAGAUGACGCUCCUGUCCUCCCAACCCAAACCCCUGGACUCCGCCGAAACCUUGGACUCCUCCCCCGCCGCAGGCACAGGCACCGAGGACCCCGAGCUGAGGAUGCUGGAGAAGAGGUCAAAGGUCAUCGAGGAGCUGCUGCAGACGGAGAAGGACUACAUCAAAGACCUGCAGAUGUGUGUCGAGGAGAUCAUCGAGCCACUGCAGAAGAAGCAGGUGAAGAAUGUGGACUUUGAUGGGCUCUUUGGCAACAUCGGCUCUGUGAUCGACCUGUCACAACGCCUCUAUGAAACACUGCAGGACACAGACUCUAUUGGAAAUGUAUUUCUGGGCUUCAAAUCUGAGCUUGAAGAAGUGUACAAGAUCUACUGCCAGAACCACGACGAUGCCAUCUCUCUGCUCGAGAGCUACGAGAAAGAAGAAAACAUCCAGAGCCACGUGUUGGAGUGUCUGGAGAGACUGAGGGCCAUAUAUCGAGAGUGGGGGAAAACAAACUACAUCAACCUCGGCUCCUUCUUAAUCAAGCCGGUUCAGCGGGUGAUGCGUUACCCUCUGCUGCUGAUGGAGCUGCUGGGGGCCACACCCGAGAGCCACCACGAUCGGCCCCUGCUGACCGAGGCUCUGCAGGCCAUCAAAGAGAUCAACGUGAACAUCAACGAGUACAAACGCAGGAAGGACCUAGUGGUUAAAUACAGGAAAGUCGACGAGGACACGUUCAUCGACAAGAUCUCCAAGCUGAGCAUGCACUCCAUUAUCAAGAAAUCCAACCGAGUCAGCAGCCACCUCAAACACCUCACAGGAAUCUCCCCCCAGAUUAAAGAUGAAGCGUUUGAUGAAGCUGAGAAGAAGUUCAGGCUGCAGGAGAGACUCAUCAAGUCUUUCAUCAGAGAUAUUUCCUUGUACCUGCAACAUAUAAGGGAAUCGGCGUCUGUAAAGGUCUUGGCGGCCAUCAGUUUCUGUGACAUCUACACAGAGCGCAGCAUUCUCGACCCGGAGCGAUUCCAGAGAGCUCACCGCUGCAUCAGCGACAAACAGUUCACUCAAUUUAAGGAGCGCACAGAGGCCUUGGUCAUCAACCCGCUCACCCAGCUGCUCCUCAUGUUCGCCGGGCCGCACAAGCUCAUCCAGAAGCGCUUCGACAAGCUGCUGGACUACGACAACUGCAAGGAGCGCGCCGAACGCCUCAAGGACCGCCGCGUCCAGGACGAGCUGCAGGCGGCGCGCAACAACUACGAGGCGCUCAACGCACAACUCCUGGACGAGCUGCCCAAGUUCCACGGAGCAGCAGAGAAUCUGUUCACCGGCUGCGUGAGGGCCUUCGCUCACUCACAGAAGAACUUCACCAAGACCACGCUGGGAGAGCUGAAGCCCCUCCUACAAGCUUUUUCUAACAAAGUAGGCCCAGAGGGGAACCUGAUCUCUAAGUUUCAAGAGGAGUACGGUCGGGUUCUCCAACUCCUGCAGAGCUUUAGCUUCUGCCCGGAGAACCUUCCUCCUGCCGCCUCCACCAAAAAGACCUUAGAGAAGAAGACUAUGGAGAAGCAGAUUUCAAGAAAGCAUCUGCCGGCACCUCCCAACCACAUCUCGCAGACGGACGAGCACCGGGCGGGACUUCUGGCACGUUACGGACCUGAGAAACUUUUCCAGGCAGAGAGAAACUUCAACGCAGCCCAGGAUCUGGACGUGUCUGUACUGGAGGGAGACCUUGUGGGUGUCAUUAAGCAGCAGGAUCCCAUGGGCAGCAACAACCGCUGGCUCAUUGAUACAGGAGUCGGAAAGGGUUUUGUUUACAGCUCCUUCCUCAAACCCUACAACCCACGCAGGAGCCAAUCGGACGUGUCCAUCGAGAGCCAGUCGUCCAAUGAGUCGGGUUACGGCGGCUCCUCGCCUGUUUUCUCACGCCAAAACAGCAACAGCACGCUGACCUUCAACCAGGAAGCAGCCACCGUCAGCUUCUCCACGUCGCAGCCCACGGGUCAUUCCUCGCCACACCCUUCUCUCGACUCUGCCUCGUCUCGUCGGAGUAACCCCAGAGACACUCCCAGCCUCGACCCUGCCAGCCAGAGCAACUCCAUCAACUCCUCGCCCAGAAAUCCCUCAAACCGCCGGGAGUUCUCAGAACAAACUCACAGAAUUUCCUCCAGAGACACGGAGCCUUCUCACCGGCAUCACAGAGACUCGUACGAUGCGGGUGCGAGCAGCCACAAGGAGACGGCAGACCUCUCGGAGACAGACUCUUAUUCUUCACUCAGAAACAAUCGUUCACAGCGGCAUGGACACACGGACAAAACCUACAGUUCAUACCAGUUGAGAAACGGAGAUAACGGGGGCCAGAAGAGGGCCGCUCCCCCCAGAGAGGAGUACAUCGAGCCGGAGCCAGAAGCAGAAGAUGAGAGUGAAGUAGACGGUCAUCAGAUCUACUAUGCGAUCUACUCCUUCGAGGCUCGUUGUGCCAAUGAACUGACCAUCUCAGCCAAUCAGAGGCUGCGGAUUCUGGAGUUCGAGGACUUGAACGGCAACAGUGAGUGGUGGCUCGGGGAGGCGGAAGGCCGGCGAGGCUACGUGCCUUCAAACUACAUCCGCAAAUCAGAAUAUACCUGAACAAAGUUUCACCCUGAAGACUGUACGACGCCUUGAGGAAGGCUCACUCUGAGCAGACAAGCAUCUGGACACGUGGUCGCUUAUUUCUGAUCUGUUAUAUCAUGGAGUUUGAUAGUGAGAAAGACUGACCAUUGCGCCUGACUCUGCUCCUAAGAGUUAGCAUGUUAUGCCUAUAUUUAUAGACUUUUUUAUAUUAUUUUUACUUACUGGAAAUUGCACCUACUCCCUCUUGUUUCCAGUGAUAAACCUGUGAAUUGCACCAUAUUUUUGGCCAUAUUCUCUGUGGCUGAAGACAAUGAAAUGUAUGUUUUAAGAGUCUUAAAGGUUGACGCAUUGGGAGAUUGCAAUGGAAAUGUGAAUGUUUUGGGUUCAGGCUGGAUUUUUUUCUAAACAAACAUCAAGAUGUAUGAAGACAGACUUAUGUUAACACUGUGUUAAUGACUUUUUUCUGCUUGUGGUUUACCACUAGAAUGAUGAAUGAAUAUUAGAUGACAUCUAUACCGUAAUGUUCAACAAUCAAGGUUUGAGGCACUUAUGUUGAUUAUCCACUGGUGGCGAGCUUUGAAGUGUCUGUGGAGCAAUCAACAAGAAUUUGGCGUAUUGUAUGAAUUAAAUCUGUAAUAAAAACAAAGCUGAAUAUAUGGUUUAGCACUCCCCUUGUCGAUACACUUUGACACCGUGCAAACAGGUGAUGACCGGCUGAACCUGUCAGAAGAGGUUAAAGAACAGGGAGAAAGAUGUCGUGCUCCAAACUCAACUCUUUGUACAUUAUAUAUAGUGCUGUAUAUUGAGAAUAUGCUAUUGCACCCACUGUAAAGUGAUCACUGUUUGAAUAAAGAAAACAGCUCAGCUGACAAAUUAA